AUGGGUCCCUCAGCUGGGGAGCAGCAGACGUCCCUGGGGACGCGUCCCCCAUGCCUGGACAGCGGGGACAGCAGAGUUGACGCCAGAUCUCCGCAGGAUGACGGCUGUGACCAGGACUGUGGGGCCAUGGCGGUGGCCUGCCACCGUGGUGGUGACCUGCCUUUCCGUGGGGGGGGCCGGGCGGCCGCCAAGUCGGACGACACGAGCGAGGAGGAUUUCCUGGAGGAGGCGGCGGAGGAGGACGGGGGCAGCGACGGGAUGGGGGGGGACGGCAGCGAGUUUCUGCAGCGGGACUUCUCGGAGACCUACGAGCGGUACCAUGUGGAGAGCCUGCAGAACAUGAGCAAGCAGGAGCUGGUGAAGGAGUACCUGGAGCUGGAGAAGUGCCUCUCCCGCAUGGAGGAGGAGAACAACCGGCUGAGGCUGGAAAGCAAAAAACACGGGGGGGAAACGGCGGAGACGGCGCGGGUGCGGCAGCUGGAGCUGGAGGUGGACAGGUUGCGAGCGGAGAAC